UAUAUAGAUAGGUAUGGCCCUACAAGUGGGUGCAGACAGAAGAGCCCAGAGACAGAGGAAACCCAGACUUUCUUCUUUCCCAGCUGCCCUCUACCCUCUCCCACCAUGAAGAGGGAAAUACUGACCCUGGCCUUUGCUCGAGCCGUCUUCGUCGAGUUCCUCUCCACGCUCAUCUUCGUCUUCAUCGGCCUCGGCUCAGCCCUCAAGUGGCCAUCAGCCCUGCCCAGCAUCCUCCAGAUCUCGCUGGCUUUCGGCCUGGCCAUCGGCACCUUGGUGCAGGCGUUUGGCCACAUCAGCGGUGCCCACAUCAACCCGGCUGUGACCAUCGCCUUCUUCGUAGGGAACCAGAUCUCCUUCCUCCGGACGCUCUUCUACGUGAUUGCCCAACUGGUUGGGGCCAUCGCUGGGGCUGGCAUCCUCUAUGGGGUGACACCGGCCAAUACCCGUGGUAACCUGGCCAUCAAUGCUCUCAACAACAACACGACCCCCGGGCAGGCCCUCGUGGUGGAGAUCAUCCUCACCUUCCAGCUGGCCGCCUGCAUCUUCGCAUCCACGGACAACCGGAGGAGCGGCAGUGUGGGUGCCCCAGCGCUGUCCAUCGGCCUCUCUGUUGCCGUGGGCCACUUGGUGGGGAUCUACUUCACUGGCUGCUCCAUGAACCCGGCACGGUCCUUUGGGCCCGCGGUCGUCGUGAGGAGGUUCAGCUCAGCACAUUGGGUGUUCUGGGUUGGACCCAUCCUUGGGGCUUGCUUUGCCUCACUGCUCUACUUCUACAUCCUAGUCCCCUACUGCAUGAACCUGUCAGAUAGGGUUGCCAUCAUCAAGGGCACCUACGAGUCAGAGGAGGAGUGGGAAGAGCAGAGAGAGGAGAGGAAGAAAUCCAUGGAGUUGACCCCACCAUAGGAAGAGUUGGGAAAGAACAAGCAGAAGGAAGGGAGGAAGCUCCACACAUGGGCUCAUGUGUGCACCAAUGAACACAUCCAGCUAGAGCAGACUCUUAAGCAAAAGUCUUAUAACUCAAAGUCCACCUGUGGCUAUGAAAGGAGCAUUGCAGUGUCUGUAUAUAACCCCUCUACAUCAGUGUGAGCUCUAGAACCUCUCCUAAGCUUAACUGCAGCCAGCAAAGGCACCUCAGCCCAGGGCAGCCUCAACUGCAGCUUUGCACCCACUGGGCUGCAUCCCUGCCCUCCUCGGUGCCAGUUCUGCACCAUGGGCAGAGGCCUGAGCCCACAUGUGCUGGUGCACACAGGAUUUCACCCCUGCAUCUGAUGGCCCAGGGGAUGGAAACACCAUGUAGACCCCAGCAGAGAAGAAUGACUGCUUUGGGCAAGGUGGGUGCAGCCCAAUCCCCCGCUUCCUCCCUGCCAUAGGGCCAACGCUACUCAUAGAUGCUCUUUGUCAUGCAUUAGCUAGUGCUGGUGAGUCCUAUUUAUUCAUGGCUGUGGAAAGAACCAUGAUUUGUGCAUUUUGUGUCGAGAUCUUUGUAAUAUAGGAUAUUAUUUAUUGUGAAUAAAGGGAAUUUUAAACAA